AUGUCGUGGGUGGGCAGGCGCAGCGCGCGGGAAGGGCAGGGGCAGCCCCGGAGGGAGGGCGAACGGGGGGAGGCUGAUCUGGGGAAGGUAGAACUGGGGAAGGUAGAACUGAGGGUGGCGGAAGCGGGGCAGAGGGAUGAACUUGGGGAGGUAGAACCGGGCAAGUUAUGGCCGUGCAGAGAAGCUGACGAGUGCCAGGCGGCGUUGACUUGCGUUGACUCACCAGAAAGCCGGACUCAGUUGUCACCGACCGUUGGGAAUACCGCCGCUACAGCUGGGGAGGCUUUUGAGGCGCCUCCAAGAUCCCCUGGGAAUGCUGCUGCUACAGCCGGAAUGCUGAGAUUGGGAGGAACUGGGAAAGUAACAACGGGGGAAGACGGGGAGAUGAGAAUGCGGGGAGCUAGCGACCUGAGAACGGAAGGAAGAGGCUGCCUCGAUAACUCGUUUAAAGACGCGCCGGACGAUUAUGUAGACGAGUAUUUGGAGGACCAGGAGGAUGGGCCUAGGUCGGGGGAGGAGGAGAAAGCUAAAGGCGGUGAUAAACAAGAGGAGCUGGGAGGUGGUUUAGAGGGGGCUAAGAGGUGUGGGAAGGAUGGUGAGACGGUUCGGAAUGGGGAUUUGAGUUUUGAGGUGCCUCAAAAGUCGAGGCAUGGCAAGGCUGCUGCUGAAGAGGUUCAGCAUGGGGGUUUGUAUGGUGAAACGCCAAGAGGAGCAGCAGCGGCUACAGCGCGUCGCAAGUCUGGUGGGGUGGUUGGGCACGGGGAGUUGAGCUUUGAGGAAACGCCAAUGCCCAUGCCUCAAAAGCAGACGGUUGUGCAUGGGGGGGACUUGUAUGGGGAGAUGCCAGUGCCAAGAGGUGAGGGUAAGAGGGAUGGCAAGGCUGGUAAGGCGGCCGGGCACAGGGAUUUGUAUUGCCACGGAGAUCUGUAUGGGGGACCAUCGAUAUCGCAGCUAUCAUCCCCAUCCUCCUCAUCCUCCUCCUCAGUAUCAGAGGGAGCAGCAGUGAGAACAGAAGGGGAGGCAGCAGGGAAGAAUGAGUCGGGUGCCGGUCGGAUGACAGACGACAGAGCGAUUGGCAGAGGGAUAGGGAGAGAGAGUGGCAGAGAGAGUGACAGAGAGAGUGGCAGAGACGUAGGCAGAUCAGCCCGCAGGAGUAUGAGGGGAAUCUCUACAGUCCCAGACAGCCCCAGUAGCAGGAGACGUGGGGGCGCGGUGGGCAGUGGCAGACAGUUGGGGUACGGCGGGGCUGUGGGGUCCUUCAGAGAUGUUGCCGUGCCUUCAGGCGAUAUGUGGGACGCUGUGCCGCCACACAUGCCAUUUGAGGCAAUUGAUUCGGUUCCAAGUGAUUCGGGGUACAGUCGCCGCCGCCGUGCGUCGGGCCAGUUUGACCCCUCGUCUGCAGGCGAUGCCGGUGGUGGCUCAGGUCGCUGGAAUGGUUCAGAACGGUUCAGUGGGCGUGGGGAGGAGCGUGGUGAGCCUGAGGGGCGGCAGAUGAGGCAGCAGCAGCAAAAACAGCAGCCGCAGCAGCAGCAGCAGCAGAAGCAGCAGCAAAAGCAGCAAGAGGAUAAUGAGCAGCAGAAGCAGAAGAAGCAGCAACAGCAACACGAGCAGCAGAAGAGGCAGGUAGCUAGCCCCCCGCCACUGAAACUAGCAGAGGGGGGAGGUGUGCAGGGGAGCGUGUUGGGGCGUCCGUACGUCUCUCUUCAGAGUCGCUUCGUGGUGGGCAGGCGGGAGAUAGGGCGAGGGCAGUUCGGGGUGAUCUACAAGUGUGUGCCGCGCGGUGCGCUUGGCGGGGUGGCGUUCGCGUGCAAGACCAUCAAGAAGAGGAACAUUGAGACCCUGCCCGCAGCAGAGGACAUUCGGCGAGAAGUAGAAGCACUGGAGAAAGUAAAAGGGCAUCCGGGCAUUGUAGAGCUGCACUCUGUCUUUGAGGACCCCCAAGCAGUGCACCUGGUGAUGCAGCUGUGCCGCCAUGGGGACCUCUUCGACCAUGUCAAGAUGCGCACACGCCUCCCCGAACCCACCGCUGCGUGCAUUCUGUCGCAGCUGCUGCACGCGCUGCAGCACUGCCAUGACUUGGGCGUGAUUCACCGCGAUGUGAAGCCGGAGAAUGUGCUGAUAUAUGCAAGGGGAGGCGGCGGCGGGGACGGGGAGAAGGUUCUUGUGAAGCUGGGGGACUUUGGAGUUGCAACCCGAUUUUCCCCGGGCAUGCCCUGCAUGGACCCAGUGGGAACGGCCAUGUACAUGGCGCCGGAGCUGCUGCAAGGCAGGUACGGGCCGGCAGCAGACGUGUGGAGCGCCGGCAUCGUGCUCUAUGUCAUGCUCUCCGGGGCUCUUCCUUUCUUUGCCACCAAGAACCGCACGCUGGUUGAGGCGAUAAUGCACGGGCCGGCUCGCAUGGAGGGGCCGCGGUGGGAAGGAGUGUCGGAGGGAGCGAAAGCGGUGGUGCGGAGGAUGCUUGAGAAAGAUCCAGAGGAGAGGGCAACGAUACAACAGAUUCAUGCAUUCAACGAUUUGGAUGCGAGUGAAACGAUUCGCGCUCCCUUGAAUAACAAGAUGGACGGGAGCCAUUUAACUGCAGAGUAUCAAAGUGACCGAGCCGCACCGCGGCUCGUAUCACUAGGCCCAGCGGCGCGGGAUGCGGCGCAGGAUGAGUACGCCCUGGCGGACGAUCAUCGGUCGCAGGGCGACGUCGCAGAGUGGCCGUCGGCUCUCGACCAGCUGUCGCAGCCGAACUCGUUUCGCGCGGACGACUGGGACCUGGAGCAAGGCGACAGCCGAGAUCCCGACGGCGAAAUCGGCGAGGAAGCCGGUAUUUGCGACAGCCGAAUCGGCCGCGGUGCCAGCGGGAGAAUGGGGCAGUCCGCCGGCGCGAGCAGGAGGGGGGAAGGCGGGGAUAGCAUGAUACGCGGAGAGAGAGGCGGAGAGAGGGACGAUGGGGGAUAUAGAGGCAGCGCUAGAAGCGGAAGGAGCGAGGGGGGGGCUUACGUAGUCGAGAUGGACAUGGGUAGGCAGGAGACUCUUUCGCAUGGCCUCGCGGACAUGCCGGAUGGUAACCCGGUAACCAUAGCGACUGCCAGAGGCUUGGCCGAUGGCGAUGCCGCCGCGAGAGGCGGUGAGAGUGAGAGCAGCGGCGACUCGUACCGUGACGCGGAGAGCUUCUCGUCUUCUGGCGAGUCUAGUCUUAACGAGUACGGGCAGGAGGGCGACGAAGACGAGAGUCUCAGCAGCCACGCAGGGGACGAGGAGGACGAAAUCGGGGAAGCCUAUAACGGGGCGAAGAGGAGCACGCACUGGGUUACCGCAUGGCCGGCUCUUUUCCUCGCAGGCACGGCCCUCUCCCUCACCUACGAAUCUGGGACGGCACUGGGCUAUCGCAUCUGGCCGGCGCUCUUCCUCGCAGGCACAGCCCUCUCGCUCACCUACGGCGCACUCCACGUGACCCUGCCGCGCCUGCACCUCGUCCUCUACUCCCUCGUGAUCGCCACAGACCGCACGCUCUUUGUGCUCCUCCUCGCCUUCUUCCUCAUGCGCUUCCUCCGCCGCCAGCCCACCGACCUCACCCCACUCGACCGCGUGUCCAACACCUUCCGCCUCUUCUUCUUCUCCUUCCUCAUCUCCUUCAUCUUCGAGGGCAUCGUGUCGAUCGUUCUCUCUCUUAUCGGAGCCGAGACGCCGGAAACCGCGGCCAUUACUGGGUGCUUUCGGACGCUGGCGAGCUUUUCAGGGAUUAUUCUCACGAUGCCGUUACUUAUGCAAGUGUCGGUGUGGAAACCUUUUCCAGCAGCAUCAGCAUCAACAGCAGCAGCACAAGUCCAGCCCAAUUCUCCUUCUCCACAUUCCCCAUCCCAUCCGCCCUCCCUCUCCUUCCCUUCCACACAAAUCUGGUCACGCUUCCUCUGCCACCUCCUCUCCACCCCCAAGAGCUGGGAAUUCCUUGCUCUAUUCCUCCUCAACACAGGCAUCUCGCUCCUCAUUUUCGCCCCAGGAGCCAGCCCGCUCAUCGUCUCCCUCCCCUACAUGCUCUUCCCGGGGGUCCUCUGGGCAGCGGUUAGGUUUAACCGCCACGGGUCGGGCCUCAUACUGCUGCUGGUGGUGCUGAUCGCGUGCUGCUGCACGGCGAGAGGGUGGGGCCCGCUGGUGAGGGAGAAGGCGAAUGAGACGAUUCUGCAGCUGCAGGUGUUUGUGGUGACGGUUGGAGUGGUGGGGGUGGUGGUGGCGGCGGCUGUGAGGGACACGAAUCGGCUGAGGAAGGAGCUGCGGCGGCUGAAUGCACGGUUGGAGGGGGAGGUGCAGCGGCGGACAGAGCAGAUCAGGCAGUAUAACGAGGAUCUGAAGAAGUCAAAGGAGGAGUUGGAGGAGGCGGGGAGGGCCAAGACGGAGUUCCUGGCCAACAUGAGCCAUGAGAUCCGCACGCCCAUCCACGGCAUCAUCGGCAUGACAGCGCUCGCCAUGGACACCCUCGAGUCCCUCCGAGCCAUCCCACUGCCGCCCAUCCCUCACCACUCCUCCUCCCACUCUGCCUCUGCCGCCGCCGCCGCUGCAGCAGCAGCGGCAUUAGCGGAGCGGAGCGAUCUAACGGUGGAGGUGCAUGAGCAUCUGACGGUGGUGGCUCAGUCGGCCGAUUGUCUGCUGAACAUCGCCAACACUGUGCUGGACCUUGCCAGGAUAGAGGCCGGACAGCUGGCUCUGGAUAAAGUCCCGUUCCGGCUGCGGGACGUGGUUGUGCUGCUAGUUUGGGUGGAGCGGAGCGAUCUAACGGUGGAGGUGCAUGAGCAUCUGACGGUGGUGGCGCAGUCAGUGGACUGCCUGCUCAGCAUCGCCAACACUGUUCUAGACCUUGCAAGAAUAGAGGCGGGGCAGGCAGCUGGCGCUGGAUACAGUGCUGUUCAGAUUGAGGGAUGUGGUGGGUGGGGUCGAGUCGACCAUGCGCAUGCUGCAGGUGAGUGGCUUCACGGGGAUUCACAGUCGACCAUGCGCAUGCUGCAGGUGAGUGGCUUCACGGGGAUUCACAGGUGGUGGGUUCACAGGGAUCUGCUGCUGAGCAUCGCCAACACCUUGCUGGACCUUGCAAGAAUAGAGGCGGGGCAGGCAGCUGGCGCUGGAUGCAGUGCUGUUCAGAUUGAGGGAUGUGGUGGGUGGGGUCGAGUCGACCAUGCGCAUGCUGCAGUGAGUGCUGGCGGAUCCACCACGCACAUGAUCCAUCCGUAUGGUGGUGCUGCUGGUAGUGCUGCAGGCAGUGCUGGUUUGUCGCCCACCUGCCGUUACUGCAAGAAAACGGGUCACACCAUCGAUGAAUGCUUCAAAUUGAAGAAGAAGAAAGAGCUUGAAGAAAGCUCUAAACGGGAGAAAUCCGUCUUCCAACCCUCGGUGCAUGUCUCCACCAGCUCCUAUGCUGAAGCUACUCCGACCCCCACACCCCCUCCUGCCCCAUCAACCCCUCAGUCCGUACCUGAUUCCCGGUACGUGGACAUUGCUGUCAGCACCAGCCACCACCCCAUCUUCUCCACAUGGACUCCUCUCGUCGCUGCUGUCUUCAUUCUCACCAUCCUCCUUCUCCUCCUCCUCUUCCCUUAUGGGGCUCCCUACGCAUCGGCAUUCACGGCCUCCUCAUUCAAUAUGGAGCGGACUUCGUCGUGGCUGGUGGACAGCGGCGCAUCCUCCCAUAUCUGCUCGGAUCGUUCGCUGUUUUCGUCUCUCAAGAAGUCCAACGAAGAGAUCCUUGUUCGUUUUGGUGGAGGAGAGACUUACAAGGUCUUGGGAGUCGGCACGGUGGUGGCUACUCUUCGGUCACCAACAUCGGAAACCACCAUUCAGCUUGACAACGUUCUAUUUCUCCCUUCAUCAGUUCACAAGCUGCUCUCUGUUCGUGCGCUUGGUGCUGCCGGCGUUGCCGUCUCGUUCCCCGCUGCUGGGCGCGUUGUUCUCACAUCUGAUGACGUUCCUAUUGGCGAGGGCUACACCCGCAACAAUCUGUUUUAUCUUCAACUGCAUCAUGGGAGCAGUGCUGCUCCUUCUAUCAAGCCAACUGCAUGUCCAGCCUCCACCACCACCUCCUCGUACCUCUGGCAUCGUCGUUUCGGGCAUCUCAACAUGCAGGCCUUGUCAACACUUCAUCGGCAGCAGCUGGUCACCGGUGCGAGCAGAGCAGAAGCAGCUGGCGUUCUCAUGGCAUGUGGCGGAGAAGGUACCUCUGGAUCUUAUGGAAGCAGAUGCGCGACACGGGCAUUCAGACGGUCACACUCACUCCUUCCUUCCGUUCCUCCCCAUGCCUCUCUCCCCUCUCUGCAGGUGCGCGCAGAGCAGAAGCAGCUGGGCUUUUCAUGGCACGUGGCGGAGAAGGUGCCUCUGGAGCUCAUGGGGGACCCAGGCCGGCUGCAGCAGUGCCUCAUCAACCUGGUGGGCAAUGCGAUCAAGUUCACAGAGACAGGCCGCCCGACCUCCUCCCACCGGUCCACGCUCGGCAGGUCCGGUAGCCGCCGAGCCUCCCUCUUUGGUCCGGGUAAGAGAAGCCGACGUGGCAGCCAGGAGUUGGCUGAGCUGGGAGGUGGGGUAGGGAUAUACCAGUGUCUUGGUUACGAGGCUGGUGAUUGGUCAGAACCCUGGGCAGGGGGAGAGGGACGCACAGAUAGCGGGGAGGAAACAGGGGACUUGGGAGGGGUUUGGAGGAGUGGGAGGAGGCAGGAGAAGAGCUGGGGCCGGGGGUCGAGAAGAGGGGGAGAGGGAGGGGGGGUGUCGGCUAGAGGAAGAGGGAGUGAGGGAGUGGUGGAGUGUGGGAGUCUGUCAGAUGGGGAGUCGUUUCCUAGAGAGAGGGGUAGAGGUAGGAGUAUAGAGAGGGGUGUAGGGAGAGGUGGCGAUGUGGACAGAGACGAGGAGAGGGAUGAGGAGGACUUGCAGGUGCCUGUGUCUCGAACGCGCUCCAGUGAGACUCGCAGCAGGCGGGUUGACUUCUUAGAUGUUGGGCUGGCAGGCAGCGGGAGAAGCAGCGGCAAGUGGAGCGAAGGGGGACUGAGCAGCCGCAGGGGAGGAGCUGGGUCGCGGGCCGGCAGUGGGUUCUUCUCGCGGGCAAGAGAAGAAAGAGAGAGGGAGAGGGAUAGUGAUCACGAGUUGGGGUCGCCACACCCACAGAGAGUCCUGGAUUUUAGAGACCUAGGGGAGGCAGACGAAGCUCAUGGCAAGCCGUCCUUUCUGGGUGCCAUGCAAGCGUGCACACCCCCCAUGCUCUCCCCCAUGGCCCGCGCUCUCCCCCCACCGCAACCCACCCUCUCUCGCCAAUCCAUGCCGGCCCUCGCAUCCGCUUCCGCACCUGUUUCCGCGCCUGGCUCCGAGCCUCGCUCCGUGCCCGAGCAUGCGCUCGCCCCAGGCUCGGCUCCCGGACCUCUGGUGUCGCAACGGAGCAAUGUGUCCCAAGCGAGUGAUUAUUCCUCUGUAGUGGAGUUAAGCCGAAACAGCAGUGCACGGUCCCAUGCUAGAGGCCAGGGUUUCGGGUUUAGACCAUCUGAGGCAUCUCAAGCUCAGUCUUUGCUCUAUACCGGGUAUACUCCCCAAGGGAAGGCGUAUGCUGGGAAUUUUCCGGGUGUUCAGCCCUUGGUUUACACACCUGAAGGGACAGUGUUGGACCGGACCGAGAGUGACAACCUGGCAAGGGUGGUGGGUGCAGAGCAGUUGGAAGGGUUUGGGAGGAGUAGGAGUGUGCGGGUGCAAGAGGGGCGGGGGCAGGGAGGAGUGAGGCCGAGAGGUGGGGGGAGGUAUUUUUACUCGCAGCAGCACCAGAGGCAGCCUAGGGAGGGCCGCGGGGGGGAAGGGGGAGGCGGGGGAGGGGUAGCAGGAGGGGGAGGAGCAGGAGGAACGGGGAGAGGGGAGGAGGGGGGGAGGGGGAAGCGUGGCGCCGGUAUGAGUGUGGGAAUGAGUAUAAAGAACAUGCUGUGGGGGCAGUCAUCUAAUGUGAGCACCCAGCGGCUUGAUACUAGUGACGAGGAGGAGGAGAGGGAAGGAGAAGGGAGGCGAGGAGGAGGGAGGGAGAGGGAGGGAGAGGAGCAAGAUGAGGAGGAGGAAGGGGAGGAGGGGAGUGAGGGAGGGGGGUCGGUGUGGCUGAUGGUAGCUGUGAAGGACACGGGGAUUGGGAUCAGCCGGGAGAAGCAGGGAGAUAUUUUCCACAACUUUGUGCAGGCAGACACGUCAAGCACGAGAGUGUAUGGCGGCAUCGGGCUUGGUCUCAGCAUCGUGCAGAGUCUGGUGUACAUGAUGGGGGGCGAGAUCUGGGUGGAGAGUGAACCCAGGCGCGGCUCCGCUUUCUUCUUCACAGCUCGCCUCAAUCCUCAAUGA